CGGAAGUGGGGCAAAGCUUCAGAAAGGCCGGAAGUGGGGAACCUAAAUACCAGGAAGACGUGAGAAGUGUAGAGUUUACAGCGAAUAUUUAUGAUAUUUCUUAUUAUUGUCGCCCAGUAGUUGUAGUAGCAGUGAGCUGUGUUUUGGUAGAAUAGAUGGCUGGUGUAAGAAGAAGGUGUUAGUGCAGCCUUAGGACAGCUGUGUGCCAUAUGUGACUGUGAAGGAGGAUGAUGUGACCAGUUACUGACUGAUUCCCCCAGCACAGCAGGUGUAGAGACCUCCGAGGAGCCCGGCUAUGGCUGAUGAGACCCUGUUUGCACUGUUACAUAUGGAGAUGAUCUCCCAUGCACAGAAAAGUGCAGGACACGAUGAAGAGGAUCAAGGCAAACACCUAAAGAUCUUAGAAGGCAUGGGUUUCCGUGUGGGCCAAGGACUUAUUGAAAGAUUAACAAAAGAAAGCCCUUCAUUCAAGGAUGACCUGGAUGUUGUGAAGUUCAUUUGUAAGGAUUUCUGGACAAUCAUUUUCAAGAAGCAGAUUGAUAAUCUGAGAACAAAUCACCAGGGUACUUAUGUUUUACAAGACAACCGGUUUCUGCUCCUGACACAGCUUUCCUGCACUAAGCAAUACCUAGAGGAAGCACCGAAGUUUCUGGCUUAUACUUGUGGACUCAUAAAAGGAGGUCUCUCCAACGUGGGGAUCAGCUGUACAGUCUCUGCAGAAGUUCCUAUAAUGCCUACCUGUAAAUUCCAGAUUAUGAUUAACCGGACCUAGUGGGCUGCCUGUGGAUGAAGUCUGUUUUCUUUUACACAAAGAGUGAAACAUAGAAAAACAUGCAAGAAUCUAAACCAGCAAUUUUACAUAUGCAAUGGAUUUUAAAUCUACCAAAAAUCCAGCUAUAAGAUAUAGCCUUUUUCACACGGAUUACCAAAUAUAUUUGUGGGAUAAGUCCAGGCUAUGCACUUUUUAUGAAGAAUUGGGGUAAUUUAGAAUUCUGCUAUCACCUCCCAGCUUUUUACAGUGUAAAUUUUAGUUCAUAUUAUCCUUCCUUCUAGUUCAAGCACCUCUCCAAAUCUUUCUAUAGCUUUUCAUCGUGUGUUAUGUCAUACCUACUAUAAAAUAAAACCCAUGGGCUCAGCUUACCUACUAGGAGCAGGUGCCCCUAGGUGUGUGCUAGCAUGCUCUUGAUUUCAAGGUGCUUUGGUUUUUCCAAAAUUAAAAACGACCUUUUUUUCCAUAAAUUUUUGUGAUCCAUAUAUCACCAUCUCUCAUCCCUUUGCCUUCCGAUUGCCUGCAGAUUUGCAGGUCAGUGGAGAGGAACUAGUGAGGCGAGACAAAUAUCAAACACCAUAAAAGUUGUGUGUAUAGUUUAGAGGGUAACUCCACUUUCGUGGGAGAAAAAAAUCUAGUGUAUACAAUUGUGACACAAGUCAUAUUGUAAUUGAAUGUUAUUAAAAAUUACCUUUCCUUUUUAAUCUGCAGCUGCUGUAAUUUUCUGUAAAAUGCAAUGACUACCUGGAGGCGUUCUGCACACAGAAUGUCCCCCAGAAAUAAAAUGUUCUGCUUGUG